CUGUCCCACUUGCCUCUGAGUUGGCAGUGGAAAUUUUGGAAAAAGGAGAAGUAAGAUUCUGGUUGCAAGCUGAAAAACUCUCUGGCAAUGCAAAGGCCAACUUUGUAUUUAAUGAUAAAGAGAUUUUCAAUGGAGAGAAAUAUAAAAUGAAGGUGGACCAGAAGACUGGCCUUGUUGAAAUGAUUAUGGAUAAACUUGAGGACAAGGAUGAAGGGACUUACACUUUCCAACUGCAGGAUGGAAAAGCAACCAAUCAAUCCAGCCUUGUCCUCAUUGGUGAUGUAUUCAAGAAGCUGCAGGAUGAAGCAGAGUUCCAGAGAAAAGAGUGGCACAGGAAACAAGGUCCUCAUUUUGUGGAUAAACUGGGAUGGGAAGUUACCGAUGACUGUAACGUGAUGUUGAAAUGUAAGGUGGCUAAUAUUAAGAAGGAAACACACAUUGUGUGGUACAAAGAUGACAGGGAGAUAAUGGUAGAUGAAGAACACGACUUCAAAGACGGUGUGUGCACUCUGCUGAUAUCCGAGUUUUCUAAGAAAGAUGCUGGCACCUAUGAAGUCAUACUGAAGGAUGACAGAGGGAAGGACUCCAGUGAGCUAAAGCUUAAGGACACAGCUUUUGCAGAUCUGAUGAAUGAAGUAUGCAGAAGGAUAGCUUUAUCUGCGACAGACCUGAAAAUCCAGAGCACAGCUGAGGGUAUCAGGCUGUACUCCUUUGUUACUUAUUAUGUGGAAGAUCUGAGAGUGGGCUGGGUGCACAACGACACCCAGAUUAGGUUUACAGACCGAGUGAAGACUGGUGUCACCGGGGAGCAGAUCUGGUUGCAGAUCAACGAGCCAACUCCACAGGACAAAGGCAAAUACACAAUGGAACUCUUUGAUGGUAAAACAGGACACAAGAAGAUGGUGGAUCUUUCUGGACAAGCAUUUGAUGAGGCCUUUGCUGAGUUCCAGAGAUUAAAGCAAGCCGCGAUUGCAGAGAAAAAUCGUGCACGCGUACUUGGAGGUUUGCCCGAUGUUGUCACCAUCCAGGAGGGCAAGGCACUUAACCUUUCUUGUACUGUCUGGGGAGAUCCUACUCCAGAGGUUUCAUGGCUGAAGAAUGAAAAAUCAUUUGUAUCAGAUGCUAACUGCAUGCUGAAAUUUGAAUCUGGAAAAAAUGUCAGCUUUACCAUUACUGCUGUGUCCACACUCGACUCUGGGAAAUACAGCAUUGUGGUGAAGAACAAGUACGGCACAGAGACCAGCGAUGUCACUGUAAGUGUGUUCAUACCUGAGGAAGAGAGACAGUCUGAGCAAGAGAAAAAGAAAGAAGAUAAGAAAACGAAAGCCUGA